AUGUUGCAUCGUGAAGAACGAAGACAGUAUGUUAGAGAAAAGGAGCGGGAGGAGGAGCAGCAAGCAGAACGCGAGAGGCUGCGCAAAAUCGAAGCUGCUCGAAAACGGAGAGAACUAAGAAAAAGAAAAUUGGAUGAACAUACAGCUAUGGCGGCGAUGAGAGAUCAAGCGAUACCAAUAGCUAGACGAAAACCAACAAAGGACAGAGAUAUCGAUACAGCACCAUUGCCAUCUUCAACAUUAAAAGGCGAGCCUUCUCCUUCAUCAGCUAAUGCGUCUUCGCCACCUCAACUAUCGUCAGUGAGAGAGACAAGCACUGGCUACUCUAUUGGUCCUUUAAAUAGCGAAAAGUGUCCGUAUUGUGUCAAGGAGUCCUUCAACAAUCCGGUGGAAGCUGUUGCGCACAUUGUUAAUCAUGGUGGCAGUAUCUUGGACGUGCAGUUGUCGUUUUAUUUCGACAAUCAAUUCCUUGCGACAGAAACGCAGCUUACAGGCGAGAAAUGUAAUGCUUGUGAAGUGAAUUUCGACUUUCCUACUCAGAAUGUGAACGAUUUCUCUUUGGUACUUGCGUCAUCUGUUUUGUGCCAAAGUAUUCUUAUUCAUCCACUCUGCUGUAAAUAUUGUAAUGGGCUUUACAUGCAAAAAAUUAAGGGUCUAAUAGAUGUAGAGUUACGUAUAGAAUUGCUUACCACGGAAAGAAAUUGUGGUCAAGUCGAAGAUUUUGACAUUUGGGCCUUUUCUUGUAUUGUGGAUGUGUCUUCUCAUUAA